ACAUCGGUGAACAGCCAUCUUUGUUGGCAGUUUACGAGAUAACAAGAACAAUUAAUAGAUUAAUUGAAAUAACGCGAGCCUCGAUAUGCUACGAUAAUGUAGGAAAACCGGCGCGUAAAUAAGUAAAAGAGAAAUAAAAAAAAAGAAAAGGGGAAAAAGAUAGAUUGUCCUUUUAUCGGGCUAACUCAAGCUGGGCAAUUGGCAUUUCUUUCGAAAUAUAUCGCGAAAUUGUGUGUAAACGAAAGAAGUAUGGCGUGCGAGGCGCGAUUUUUCGCUGACAAUGAGAAAACCUUGCGGCCACUAACGCACACACCGACGGCUUUCAUUUUAAAGGAAGGGCACGCAAUCUCGGGCUCUUUCGAGUCGUCUGGUACCUCUUGAGAUAACGUGACAUUACGGUCAGCCGUGCGAGCAGUAUGCGCGCGAACGUCGGAGAACGCGCAUCUUCGUUCUUCUUUUCUGUCGUCGUUCUUCGCCUCCCCGCUGAUCGGGCCAUAGUUCCAUUAACACAGCCUUCGUUGCACAGUGAUAUUCUUUUAUAUUCGUUUCAUCGUCGUUCAAUCGGUUUGUAAAAAUGCAGCUACGUGCCCGAUCGUGAUAUAUCGAUCGGUAUAUCGGUGUCGAACUUGCCAACUAUAGAUCGUAAGUUUCUAGUCGCACAGUUUAUUCCGUUUUCGUCUUUGCGUUCUUUCUUCUCCUCCUGCGUCGCGUACCUCGCGUAAUUUUGUUGCAAAGCAACAUACGUAAUCGUGGACGUUUGUUUUUGAUAAAAAGAAUGCGGGAAAUUGCGUCGAACGAAAGUAUGCACGGCGCAAAGAACACCGUUUGACAGCAUUCAACAUCCACCAGCGCGAAACAGGAAAAGUGAAAGGACUUCAUAGACUUCCCGUAGAGGCAAUGCGGCAGGUGAUGCUGCCAUUCGUACGUGUAACCGUAAAAUUACGUCCGACGUGCUUUCUUGACCGACAAUCGUGCUCUUGGAAAACGUUGCCUCUUACUACAGUCUCGUCGUACAUCUGCGCGCACACAAAUUGGUCCUAGUCCAGAUCCAUGGACAAAAGCGUCAACUGAUCGUCGUUCCUUUAUCAAUCGACCAACGUAAAUGGUGAAACGAUACCAGCAAGAAUGACGCGGGCCGCAGUGACAUUAGCGAUCGUCCUCACGAGCAACAGUCGCUCGUGCAUUCCAACGAAUCAACUUUGAAAUGUUUGCGGGAGAUCUAGCUGGCUCCCACCAAGUCUAACAACACGUGUCCUCGUAGUCUCGCGUUGGAACGUUGCACGCAGGCGACAUGAAUAAAACGGAACUGAACAUCGUCUUGAACACCGAGCCAGCGAGGACAUCCUCGAGUGUAAUUCACUCGCACAUUCCGGUGCCGAGGAUAUCGAAUGCGAUUAAAGCCCAGGAAAGGUGUCCCCCAUCCCGCAGGGGGUCCUUCGAAAAGCUGUCGCACAGAGGAGUGUCGGUCGCCGCUCAAAGGGCGUCCUUCGAGAAGCUCGACGCUUCCGUUCAGCAGCAACGAUCGAGGAACAAUAAUUUGUCGAGCUCGAGCAUCGAGAUGCGCAACUCCGAGACUGAGAAACUUGCUUUCCACGCUACUGCUAACUGCAAGACGAACGAGCUGGUCGGUGUCGCGAAAUUGAACAGGAGCAAUAGCCUGGAGAGCAAGUGGAAGAGCAAAUACGAGGAAUCGGAGAAGAGGAGGAAAUUGUUGCUACAGAAGAGCGAGGCCGCAAGCAAGGAACAUGCCGACUUGGAGAAGAAAUAUCAACAACUACAGAGACAAAAUAGCACUUUGCAGUCGCAAGUCCAAGAAAAAGAACAGAGACUUCAAAAGCUGCGAACAGUUUCCGAAGCAGUAUGCAAAGAAUACGAACAACUGAAGCAUCAAUACGAAACUGAGACAGGCGCUAUGCAUAAAGCCAUGCAACAAGCAUCGCAGUGGUACAGACAAAAUCGCGAACUAAAGAGAAGAUCGCAGAUCAUAACUCAAAAAUUCCUGCAAUCGAAUCCGGAAGGCUCUCUAGACCUUGAGAUAGCAGACGAAGUUGACUCGAAUUUCGAAGAUCUUGAUCAGUUGAGAGAAACGGUGAAAGAAUUAAGCAAAGAGAUAGCGAGACUUCAGACGGAGUUGCAUUCCGCACGCCUUCAAGAGUUUGAAGCUCAAGAACAAGUGACGCAUUUGACCACGCAGCUGGACGAGGAGAGAACUCUCAGACGAAAAUGUGAGGAGAAGGUGAACGAGAUGAAGGUGCAAAAAGAAAACAUGGAGAGGGUGACGAAGAUGGUUGCAGAGGAAGUGCAAGCGUUGAAAGCUCAAUGCGAUCGCGAGAGAGAAAACGCGAAGAUUAUGAAGAUAGAGGCCGAAAGGGUACAAAAGGAAAGAAACGUGCUGGCUCAUCAGAGCGCACUCCUGAUGGCUGAAGUUGGCGAUGACCCUAAUGGAAGAUUAUUAACCGUUCUACAAGAGGUGGAGUCUUUGAAGAGACUAUUGGAGGAAGAGCAACAGAGCCAUGCUUCUCACAUACAGAUGCUGGAGGAGAAGUUGGAGGAGAAAGAGUCGAACGUCGAGUUCGAAAUAGUAGAGGAAAAGUUAAAGCUGGCCGAGUCAGAGUUGGAAGUCGUAACGCAAAGGGCAGAAAGGGCGGAAAAGUCGGUGGAAACUCUGGAAGGAGUGGUUCAAACUUUGAAGGCGAAGAUCAGUGAGCUGGAAGAAAAGCUUUCCAGGCCACCACCGCCCCCUUUACCUCCACCUCCGCCGCCGCCGAUGUUCAACAACGGUGGACAAUCGUCGAUAAAAUUGCUGACGAAAGAAAAAAUUAAUUCGGAACGAAAUGCGGUGACUGACAUGGAGAACAUGCUUGGAAUCACGAAAAAAACACCGACGGUUGCGCAACAGCCUGCUAUCGACGAUAUUAUCAACCAAAUAAAAGGUGGCCGUUUCACGUUGAAGCAAACGGAUAAACAAAGGGAAGAGGAGAGAAAAAGACGACAGGAAGCGGAAAGCGCGCCGCCCGCUGUCUCGGAAAUGUUAAAUAUUUUGGGUACCAUGAGAAGAAGAGCCAAGCCGAUAAAGCAAUCGUUGAAAUCAACAGACUCAUCGACAUAAAAGUAGAUGCUGUCAGUAAUAUGCAAAAAUAUUUGUACGUCUCAGGCACGAGUUACGUGCCAUUGUUCGGACAUUAAUCGCAACGCGUAUUUUUUUAAACAAAGAUCUGUUCUACAAGAAUGUUUAUAUUAUUUAUUUAGAUGGAAAAUAAAUUUUCUACCACUAAA